GACAGAACAACAACAGAAGGUGGUGGUGGUGGUGGAGUUGCAUGUUAUUGUUGUUUAUCCAUGAAAAAUAUUUGGGAUCGGUGUUAAUGAAUAAGUGUUAGCGACAGGUGCGAUUCAAUGUGCUGUGCAUUUUGAUUCUCUCCUUUCAGUAUUAUUUUACUGUAGCAUUCAAUUGUUUAUUUGCAAACAAUGAAGUUGCUGUUGCUGGACAACAUGCAACAGCACCAGGAUGAAGAGGACACAACUGCUGGAACAGUGAGUGCAGAGGUGAAUGAUAAUGAGACUGAAGCACCAUCAAUGUCAUUCAAGUUAUUGAGAAAUGAUGCACUUGUUGAUAAUCAUUAUAAUGGUGUUUGGCCAAUUGAUUGGAAUGCAGAUGCCGAAAUUAACUUGGAUCAACAAAGCAUACGCAGUUUUGCUUCCAGUUCUGGAGAGGCACCUUCUGAGUGGGUCUUUGGCAGUUCCAAGCAGGACUUCAAGAAGUCUUGUGAAGAAUUUGAGCUUGAAGAUGAUGCUGUGUAUAUUCGAUUGACAAAGAGGGAUUCUGCUUCAGAUCUGUGCACUGGGUUUGCUGGGAUGAGCAUUAAUCAAGAGAAUGAAAAGCCUGGUACUUAUGCUGAAACUGAUUUAGAUCUCCCAACGAAUUACUCUUUGAGAUACGCGGAGGACGACUCUGAUGUUGAUGAUUUAUCUAAGGAGGAGUAUGUGGCUGAUACUGUUAAGGCUUACUGCACUGAAGGUACACCAUACGAAACUCCCUUCAAUUUCUCGAACUCUACGUCGAUGUCGGAUUUGAGAAUAGAAAAACCUAUUAAUUAUUGCGAAGAGGGAACUCCUGGGUGUUUCUCGCGGAUCAGCAGCUGCGGUUCUCUCAAUAGCGCGGGCAAGGAGGGAACUGAGGCAGUUCAGGAGGAGGAAAAGAAAGAUGUUAAAUUGCCGUCACCACAUGAAGCGACUAAAGCCGUAACGUUCGCAGACGAUUACGCGGAGCAGACUCCUUUGAUGUUCUCAAGAUCUAGUUCAUUGGAGUCUUUGGGUAGCAUCGAAGAGACGCACUCGAUUCACGACGAUCGAAGCUCGAUUAUUUCAGAUUUCAGUCGAUUGCCGAGCGGUAUUAUAUCGCCCAGCGAUUUACCCGAUUCGCCUACACAAACGGUACCACAGAGUCCGAAGCACUUCAGAAACAACAAUAACAACUUUGUUGAUUACGCGUCCACCUCGAGGAAUAUCUUCGCGGAAUCCGGAAGGUCUUCUUUACAAAAGAAUAGCGUAUUCGAGGAUAAUGUGACCAAGUUCAAAGAGGAAUCUACUCCGCUCCAGUUCUCAACCGCCACCAGUAUUAGCGAUUUGACCAUUGAUGAUCCAGACGAGCAAGCUUUAGGAAAUGAUUUCAAGGAAAGCUUCAAUCUGCAAUCCAUCAAAGAGAGCACGGAAAAGCUAUUUUCCGAAGACGAGGAUGAUGAAUGCGGCGGUAUACAAUUCAGCAUGUACAGACAGUCGAAAGUAUCAUCAAAGCCUGUGCCCGUCUACUCGGAUAAUACGAGAAACUAUUACACGGAGGAUACUCCAGCCGUUCUAAGCCACGCCGGAUCACAAUCGGAUUUGAGCGUUUUGUCCAUGAAGACCGACAACAAAUCAAGUGGUGAUUUCCUCUCCGACCUCUCCUCGGACGAUGACGAGGAAAGUAAUAAGCUCUUGGCGCAAUGCAUAAAAUCAGGAAUGCCCAAGCCAAAGGCACCACAGAAGGUGGAUUAUCGAGGCAACGAGAAUAGCGCAUCGAAAAAGGUGGAGUAUCGGAGCAAUGACUACAGCGGAGACAAGAAGUUCCAAUCCACCGAAUGCAAGGACGAGAUGACUUAUUUCGGCGUGGAGAACAGUCCAUGCCCGUAUUCCUUGCGCUCCAGCUUAAGCGAUCUGACGGUGGAUGGAAGCAUCGUGGGUUUGGUGAGAACCCUUGGAGAUGGUGAAUCCAGCCCCAGUAAAUCAGGCCCUUUGUCGCCGCUGAGCAACGACUCUUUCGGUUCCAUAGAAGGUGAGCAAGCACUUUUGGAACAAUGCAUCAAUUCCGGUAUGCCCAAAAGACGACCCGAACCCAGCAACGUGAGAAUGGAACCUGAGCGUUUGGAAAUGACGUCAGGGCGGUUACAAUCUAUUGCUGAAGGUCAUGAGAAGGAGGACUUUUCGGAGAAUGAAGAAGAAGCUUUGCUAGCCAACUGCAUACGCCUCGGUAUGCAAAGGCAAACGAAAGGAAGCGCAACGAAGAAACCUGUUGAUGAUUUGUCGCACGAAGAAGACGAUAUGAUUCAAAAGUGCAUACAAAUGGGUAUGAGGAAGAAGCAGAUGAUGAAAUCUCCUAUGAAGCAUACCAAAAUUAGAAACAAUGACAACCUAUUACCACCAACAACUUCCCAAACUAAGCAGUCACGUCACGAAUUCGAUGAUGAUAAUGAUUUUCUGGAUGAACGCACUAAAUCUGGAAUGCCCAGUGCGAAACGCGAAGGAGGUUUACUUUCGUUGGAAAAUCGAGCGAUCGAAUUGAAUUCGAUCGAGGAAUGCGACGAAUUAGAUAUUUCCAGCGAAUACGACGACGAUUUAUUGGCCCAAUGCAUCCAGUCUGGAAUGGCAAAGGCGAAAAAUGCGCAAAAAUCCAAAAACUGUAUGCAGCCGUUAGUGCAAGACACGGUACAAACGAGAUAUGAAGAAUUCUGUAGAGGUAUGAACGAAACCGACGAUGAAUUCGAUUUAUCUGCAGAAUUCGAUGGAACCUUAUUGGAUGAAUGUAUCAAGUCGGGGAUGCCGAAACCGAAAAUGGAAGUAACAAAUUUCCUCGAAGAAGAUGAGUUCAAUUCAUCCGGUGAAUUCGAUGAAGCCCUUCUGGCAGAAUGUAUAAAAUCUGGAAUGCCGAAGGCGAAAGGUAAUGUGAAAAUCCAUGUAAAUAACGAUAAACACUUCGAUGGUGGAAGUGUAAUCCAAAAAUUGCAGAAACUUAGUUUAACAUACGAAGAAGAUUGCAUUCCGACAGAGAAUAGAGAAUCUAAAUUAAUUGAAGAAAAUGUCCUGGAUUCUUCAGGAGAAUUCGAUGAAGCCUUGUUAGCCGAAUGCAUCAAAUCUGGAAUGCCCAAAAGUAAGCGGGAACCGAAACUUCUGAACAAUGGUCCUGAAUCAUCUAAAGUAUUAGAAGAAUCGUUACGGACUCGACACAGGAUGCCUAAUGGAAAUAUUCAAAAUACAGCUGAAGUUGAAGACAAAAUAGUUUUGCGGGACGACGACGAUUUAGAUCUAUCUGAGGAAAUUGAUGAAGCCCUAUUGGCAGAAUGCAUUAAAUCGGGAAUGCCUAAAGCAAAGAACGAAAAAACAUGCCCUGUGUCCGAAGAUAAAAAUCAUCAACGGAAUGAAGAUUUACAUGAUGAAUCUGGAGAAUUCGAUGAGGCCCUAUUAGCUGAAUGCAUCAAAUCUGGUAUGCCAAAAGCAAAAAUCGAGAAAGCGCCACCUGCUGCUGUUAAAGUAGAGCAAAUCGUCCUGGAUAAAGUAGCACCUAAGGUAGAUAAACGCAUUAACACUGGAUUGGGCAAAAGUGAACAGAUAACAACAAAAAAUAAGGACGAUCAAAAAAUUGAAGCGUCUAAGAACCAGACAUCUGAGAGCGUCUCCAACGGAAACACAUCACAGUUUUCAUUGAAAUCCAAACUGAAGGCUUUGAAAUCCAAAGUCACGCACCGCCUCAAGCACAAUUUGAAAAUAUCUAAUCGGAAAGGUUAGUCGAGAUUCAACGAGUCUAGAAAUCCGCGCUUCAAUUCCGCAUUCAUUUAUUUACAUAAUAUUUAAGGAUGGAAGGACAGACCUAGCAAUAAGUGAAAACAAAACAAAAAGCCUUUUACAAAUGAACACUCUGUGAUAACCAGCGCCUACUGCUUGCAUCUAGAUAGAUAUCAUUGUUACUGUAGCGUAUUUAUAUCAUUGUUGAGAGGAGAAUCAUCAAGUUGCAAUAUUACUUAUAGAUCAUAGUCGAUGCAAGUUAAUCAACUGUUACUCGUUAUACAAUUUUUGCGAAAAGUGCCUACUUACAUGACGAAAACAAAUUUAUUAGCAGUUAAGCUGUAGAAUUAUUAAUAAUAAAACAAUACAAAAAACAUA